AUGUCAAUCCGCAACCGUCUAGCUCAGCAGUUAAACCUACCUCAGACCUACAAGGAAUUCCUGCGCGUUGUCCAGCAAUUAGCUUUCAAUUCCUCCUAUUCAUCCUUGCCACAUGCUUCUCAGCAGAUUGAUCGCCCAGCUCGCCAUGAUCGCCCUGAAUCUAUGGACCUGAACCAGAUUAAUGCUUUCAACUUUUCACAUGAUUCUCCACCGCGCGCCCCAUCAAUUUCAUCUUCUCAACGGGAGAAAUACCGUCAAGAAGGCUGUUGUGUACGAUGUGGAUCUAAUGAUCAUUGGGUUGAAAACUGUCAUUUCCGUCCACAUUCUCCUAAGCCCUAUCGCCGUCAAACUGCCAAACGAAUCCCAGCUCCUAAUCAAGGAUCUGAUGACGACGACUCGGAUGUUAGUGAGAUAUGGAAGGAAACAUAUAAGAAUCUGGUGAAUGAUAGCUAA